UGCGAACGAUAUGGCAUGGGUUACAGCCAUUGAUAAUGGGAUCAAUGGUUACCACGUACAUGUACAGUACAUGUGUAACAACUUUGUGUACGUGCAUGAUAGGCUAUACAUGUACAUUUGCUGGAAACUCUGCGCUGGCGAUGCGAUGUUAAUAAAAUUUGAAAUUGUUAAAUGCACUGUUUUGUAGACGAACACAAAGUCUUAUAAAUAUCAUAUUAGACGCGAUUGACGGAGUUUCUUGUCAUGGCAAAUCCUGUCGUUCUGGACGAGUUCUUGAACUUCCUCUCCGUGUCCGCUCGUCCGGACCUGAAAGCGAGUGCUCUGCAGUAUGUGAUGGGGCUCACUUCGUCUGCGGACGGUGUACGCUUACUCCUCUCACACGCUAAGAUGCUUGCGGCUGUCGUAGAUUUAACUCAAGAUUCCAAUGAGCAAAUUUCCUCGGUUGCUUAUAAAUCUAUCAUCAACAUUUGUGCGGAAACAGAGAGCAACGAAGGUGAAAGCGCAGGUCAUCUAAUUUCAAAUAAAAAGCUGUUGUCCAUUUUAUUGAAAACGGUGGUGGAUAAGUCUAGCGGCAAUGCGGACAAUGCCUGCAAAGUGUUAACCAACAUAACACGCAUACCGGCAGGAUGCAGAAAUGUUAUGGACCUUUUGGGAGACGUGGAUUUCCCUGUUGACUUGGUGAUGUUGGUGGAGGCAUUCUGUAUGAAGAACUACAAUGACAAAGGAGCAAACUUGGACUACUUGGGGCUGGUGCUGUCUAACUUGACACAGCUGCCUGAGGGCCGGGAGUUUAUCUUGAACAAGGAGAGAUGUGUUGUGCAAAGGUUGUUGCCCUACACACAGUAUGAGGGCUCGACAGUUAGAAGGAGGGGUGCAGUGGCUGCUCUCAAAAACUGCUGUUUUGAAACAGCUUAUCAUGACUGGUUGCUAAGCAACACGGUGGACAUCCUACCUUAUCUGUUGCUGCCUCUUGCUGGCCCCGAAGAGCUUUCUGAGGAAGAAAUGGAAGGGAUGCCAGAAGACUUACAGUACUUAGAAGAAGACAAGAAAAGGGAGACAGAUUCAGAUAUUAAGAAGAUGCUCUUAGAGGCGGUCAUGAAGCUUUGCUCCACAAAAUCUGGCCGCAAGACUGUGCAAGACAAGAGGACCUACAUCAUCAUAAGGGAGUACCACAGAUGGGAGAAGGAACCGUCUUUACAGCAACCCAUCGAGAAUCUGAUCCAGGUGCUGAUCAAGGAGGAACCGGAACCAGGCAUGGGGAACCUGGACGAGGUGGAGAUACCAGAAGAUGUCGCCAGAGCCCUGGAGCAGUCACAGCCGUGAUCACACGUCCUUGAACGAUAAUCCCUGUGGUGUUUGUGAGGACCUCUUAUGAGUUCUCAAGUGGGUUUCUUGUGUUCAAGAAACCCCUGGCUUUGUAUGCAUCUCAUAUGCAUGUAUAUGCAAAGUUGACGUGACACCACACGUCGACUGAUGAGAGCCAACCUAAGAUAAUGUGAUAAUUUCUUCACAAGAGAAGACACUUUGGUUAUCCAGUGAUUUACAUCUGUACCCCAGAAAAUAUCCACAUGGCCGCUGCAAGAUGGAAAUGUUCUUGUCAUCAUUUUGUCUACUUUUUUGGUUAAAGUUAUUACAGUGGUAACAGAUGUGUACAAGAUCACGAAGGAUAAGGGCUGUACAUUUGUUCAAGCCCCCACUGGUCGUGGGGAUGUCUUUAUUUUUAACUGCUUGCAUAAAUUUGGCAGUGACGUUAUAGGCCUACCAAAGGCAACAAUUUAUCAAAAUCUAUCAGAAAGAAGCAAGUGAUAUCAUGUAUGAUUAAUUGCUAAAUCUUCGCACAUAUUGUGGCCUAAGGUGCACUUCCUUACCUAAGCCCCAUUGUUCUCCAGGAAAAGAACACAAUCAAUUAUCUCUCUUUGCUUUACCAACUGUCCAAGUGUGAUUCAUCUUAUCACAACCUUUGCUAUUCUGUUGGGAGGCGUCCAUCAAAUCAGACUGGGACAUUGAGUGGACACUGAAAUACACAAAACAAAAUAAGGUCACCCUUACUUACGUUUUACCGGACAAAUUCUCCAAAAUAAAUUAUUUCUUGUCGUUGUUGUAUUGGUUAUGAACCAAACUGAGUGUGGCAUAAACUCCAUUUAGUCCGAUAGAGGGCGCUACACCGCUAUCCUGAUAAUUCGUGCAAGCCGAGUUCUACAAACUGCCUGCAAAGCGCGGUCCCGUUCCCCGGUUGUACUUGAAUUGUGGAGAUCUAUACUUGGCAGCAUUUAAUAAACUCCUGCUCAGCACACUGAAAGUCAUUCAUUUGUAACAGGUUGAUUUUUUAAAAUUUACAAUCAAGCCCCGGGCGUAAGGUAAGCA